AUGUUGCCUGCUUCCAAGUCGACCUCCCUCUUCCGGCUGCGGAAGAUUGAAGAUUUGCCUAAGCUUACUGUUCCCCAACUAUCAAGUGUUGUGUCUAAGGCAAUACAGAAUAAGCACACAGAUCGAGCUUUCUGGUACUUACUGGCUCUUAGGGUGCAGCACUUGUCUAGUAUUCUCAACCCUCAGGACUACUGUCACUUGAUGAGCGGUAUUGCUACCAGUGACUCGGUAUUGAAAGACACCGGCCUGCGGACGGUCAUGAGCAGUCUCAUUGAUUCCGCAUCGAAGAAACUGCAGCUUUUCUCUCCUGCACAAGUGUCUAUCCUUGCUGAAAUAUCUGCGAGCGUGGAGCUGUAUCAAGAGAGUCUGUUCACGGGCAUAUUAUCUGUCUGGGCCGCCAAGAGAUCCUUCGUGGAUGCGGCCAGCGUCAUGAGAUUAUGCCGUGCAUAUAGGAAGUUGAAUGUGCUAGAUGAGGAAGUGCUUGAUGAAGUUGUGAGAUAUGUGAAGAACAAUGCCUUCCAGAUGUCCCCAGGAGAUGUAUUGCCCAGUUAUUUAUGUGAAGUAUUGGAUACGUUCGCUUUCCUAUCUUAUCGAUCAAAGAGCUUGGUAGAUUGCAUCGUAGUAGUGCUCACCAAGAGUUUACCUCAACAGAAGGAGCCAAUGGAAUGCCAGAGUAUUACAGCUGCACAGGCAGCCAGAAUCCUCCUUGCUUUGGCCAGAAUGAACUUCCACUCGCGGAAGCUGAGCCAUACGUGUGUCAAUGCGAUUGUGGAAGCGCAUGAGGACGGGGUUCUGCACUUGGGCGAUAUAGCUCGUGGGGGGACCAUAGAAGCGUGUACUAUUCGACCUGAUGAUAGUGUCACAAAGAUGCUCAUGCCGGUGGCGGCAGCAUCGGAUCAUAUCGGGAGGCUGUCGCCGCCUCAAGUCGCAUUAUUUGGUUACUGGGCAGCCCAUACAAAGGUGCCCGAUGCAUUCAAUUGGAAAGUAUGGCGGAGAGCGUUCGUGCGGAAGUGGAACUCGAUGUCCCCUGGAGCACUGGUCAGCUGUAUCGAAACUAUAGCAUCCACAGAUGAUAUCCUUGCGGUAGCUCCCUUAUUGAAGAGCACUAUAGAAGAUGCUCUCGUGGCUCGACAGGACGCCUUCGAUGAGUCUCAUAUCACUAGAUUAUUCGACCAUUGUUUGGAUGUCAUGACUCGCCGGAGUGCCUUGGCGCUCUGCAGUGCUGUAUGCAAGCUCAUGCCGCAGGUCACCAUGGUGUCGAUCCAAUGGGAGUCGGCUGUUAUUCCAUCUAAACCACAGUGCUUUACAACUGUAUGUGAGAAGUUCCACAUAUCUGGUGGUGAGAUCGAACUAUUGUUGUCGGCUGAGCCCUCGGGGGCAGCCGUUAACUCAGCGCAGCCCCGUCCUGGUCGAUCAUCCCGACAUCCUGGAUAA